GCCCGCUCCGCCCCGACCCCCACGCACUCGAUUCCUUGUACUUCACCGGCUUUGCAGAGACCAACAGGACCUUUGUGAUCGCUCGCCUCGCCAGACGUCCCGCUGGCCUCUGUGAGAUGUGGCUCUUCCUGAGGCUGGAUGGGAUAGGCGAGUUUGAACACCCACAACAUCCAAACAUGAUGGUGAGAGAUGAAUCCAAAGAGAUUUGGAGUGGAGGAGGACUCACUAUGGAGUACUUGGAGCCCCAAAUGUGCUGGAAGAUAAAUUUUGAUGGAUUACUCAGGAAAGGAUCCUACAGACAGCAGUGGAGUGAAGAGGAAGGAGAACUUGUACCAGUUAAAUUCUCUUUGCAAUGGGAGAACUCCACAGACGUUUUUAACUUUAAUGUUGACAGCAACCCCAGCACAUUUGCUCGUGCUUUAGCCCAGGAGCCGUGGAGCAUCGAGCUCUUCCAGAGGGUCAAAAAGCAGAGGGAGCAGCAUUUCCGACACGAGCAGUGGGGCCGGUCUGUUGGAGAGAUUGAAAUAGAAAAUUACGGGAAAACUGAACUUUCCCUCAAAGGCAUUCGGAGCCACUCCUAUGGUGUCCGGAAUUGGGCUGAGAUUUACCGUUAUGUCAUGAUUUUGGCACACUUUGAAGAUGGGACUGCAGCACAUUUAACAGUUAUCAGCAUGCCAGCUACCACAACUCACCUCACUGUAGGUUAUGUGUUUUUUCCUGAUGGGAGGAAGGCUGGCAUUGAGUGGUCCAACGCCUCCCUGGCUGAGCUGGCUGAGGAUGGGGUAAUCCAAGAUGGCUAUGGGGUCACUUUCACUGCUGGUGGUGAGAGCUUUGAUGUUUCUGCAGCUCUGGAUAAGCAGACCUGUCCUGUGGUGUACAAUGGCCUGACAGGGAGUGGAGUUUUCCACGAGUGCAUUGCAGAUUUCCAGCUCAAUGGCUUAACCCCAGGCUGGGGCCUGGUUGAAUUUUAUUACAGGGACGAGGCCGCCCAGCCGGCUCCAAAUCUGCAGCUUGGUUCCAAAACAGAAGGACCUGACCCUACCACCAAUGCCUCUCCCCCAUGAUCAUCUAUCUACAAGCUCAUCCCAGCAAUGUUAGCAAGCAGCAGCUUUCCAAAAAAAUAUCAUUCCCCGCAAAAAACAGCACUGGUUUGAGUGUAGAACUCGUCACAGGACGCUGGGGAGGUCAAGGGUAUAAAAGGACUUGGAGAGAAAUGAGAUAUAUUUUUAUUAGUGCAGCUUUCAGUGGUUGCUAAGCAGGGUGGUCUGGAGGAAAUUUGAAGGAAGUCUGAUUGCAGGAGUGCACUGGGAGGGAUCACUCCAUGCUCUGUCCUGUGGUGUUUUUCCUAAACUUCCAGCUGCUCCCCACCGUGACGACCAGGACCUCAGGCUAUGUGGAUCACUGACCCAAUUUAGCAGCUUCUCUCUGCUCUCAGAUUUGUUUUUGAAAUAAAAACUGUGUAGUUCUGAACUCUCUGGUUGUUACAGUCAUUAAAACGUGGGAAAAACCUGUUACAGGAAA